CGUUUGCUUACAUACAUCUCAAAAUAAGACGACCAAAUAAUGCACAGUCUCAAGCAGUGACUUCUGUGUUUUCUUAGAGCAGCUUGACGCAUUACAUCUUGACAAGCAUCUCUAAUUAGGUGCGUCAGUACAGCGUAGGGCAUUAUCUGCUUGGAUUGGGCGCGCGGGCCCUCCGCCGGGGGUUGGCAUGGCCAUGAAUGGGGCUGGUGGCGCUGGGGCCGACGAGGAAAGCAUCCUAUCUCUGCUUGAACACUUUAAGGACGAUGGCAAAGUGGGGCUCUUAGUCAAAGAGCUGCAGGAGCUUUCUACACGCGUUCAGACGGCGGAGCUCGCGACCAUCGUCAACCCCCGGCGAGAUAUAGCGGGAACGCAGCGGAAGCACGGCCGGAGCAGCGACGGCUCCGCGCCACCGUCUCCUGCCCGGGGCCCCGGGGCCCCCUCAGUGGGACGGGCCAGCGGCGGGGGCGCAGCCGAGCCGCCCAACGCCGAGCGCGGGGCCAGCGGCUCAGCAGGCGGCGAGAAGCUGCGCGGCAUUGAUGCAUUUGCCAAUGCGGUGCGGCGGGUGCGGCACCAGCUGCCCAGCGGCUCCAUCACAGGCAUGGGCAGCGCCGCCGGCGGCUCGCGAGAUGCUUCGGUGUCGGGCGCCGAGGCGGGCACUGCGGCCGGUGGCGCCGCCGCCAACAACGAUAACAACAACAGCGGUGUCAGUGGCGCGGCGGGCGUCCGCGGUGGGCGUGUUGAAGAGGCGAUAUUGCCGGUGCCACCCGAGGAAACAUCACAGCCGCUGCCGGCCCCCACGGGCGGCCACGAGUGGGAGGCGCUGCAGGCGGCGGUGAACGACAGCGUGGCGGCCUUCGGCGCGGCGGCAGCCAAGAUGGGCUGGAAGAAGUGGGCGCUCACCCGGGCGCACUCGGUGCUGCUGGUGAGCCUGUUCUGGUGGGUGGUGGCGACCGCCUUCAAGUCGGACCACCCGCUUAGCCGGCCGCUGCAGGACUUUGCGUUCGGCCACUUCUGCCGCCACUACGUCACUGUGGUGCUGCAGCUGAGGGGCAAGGCGCGCGACCAGUACCAGCAGGUGUGGAUAGAGAUGAUGGCGGCGGCAUCGCUGUACCUGCUGGCAGAGGUGUUCCCACGGUCGCAGCACAAGUUUGACGAGGGCCUGCGCGCGCUCAUCACCAAGCAGCUGCGCCUGUGGACGGCGGGCGCGCUGCCGGCCGACAUGCACCCCUCCGCGCAUGCCGAUGCCCACGACCCCACGCCCGCAGCCUACUCCAUAUCCGCGCAGGCCGCCGCCGCGACCGCCGCGCAGAGCGGCGCCACGCGCGCGCAGCAGCAGGCCAAGGCGGCGGCGGCAGCCGCUGCCGCUGCCGCGGCGGCGCCGGCGCCCUCGCUGCCCAGCUUCAGCGGCCUGUCCACGGCGCACUUCGGCCGCGGCGCCUCCUCCCGCAGCUUCCGGUCCGCCAGCCGGCGGCAGAGCCUCAACGGCACCGCCCGCAGCCGCGCCAACACAGCCGCUGGCGGCCUGGGCGGCUUCGGCCACGGCGGUGGCUCGGACGGCGAGGGCGGCGGCUCGGCCGGGCCGCAGGCGUUCGUGUUCACCAAGAACAGCCCGGUGAUGGCACGCAUGCUGGCGGGGCAGGCGGCGGGCACCGUGCCGACAGGGCACGGCCCCGGGGGUGCUGCGGGGGGCGGAGGAGGAGGAGGCCCCACGCUGGGCGGGCCGGGCGCGCCGCCGGUGAUUAAGGGCCUGCGGAAGAACACGGUGGGCGGCACCCUGGCGCGUAUGCACAGGGCGCUGGAUGAGGCCAGUGACGAGGAGCUGAGCUACAGCCGCCUGGCCGCCAGCGCCACCACCUCCGCCUCCGACUCGGUGGCGGCCUACGAGGCCAGCAAGCGCGCCGCGGCGGCGGAGGCGGCGGCCCUGCGGCGCGGGCUGGCGGAGGCGCGCGCCGGCAUCGAGGCGCGUCAGCGGGCGGCGCUGGCUGGCGGCGGCGUGGCUGUGAAGCAGCUGAGCGACCGGCUGAGCGGCUACAUGCAGAACGACCUGGACAAGGCGCUGGCGGGCCACCCCGCCAGCUCUGAGCCGGUGGGCGGCCAGCACGGCGGGGCGGAGGCGCCGCGCUACCUGCGGCCCACAGCGGCGCAGCGGGCGGCGGGUGGCGGCGGCGAUGGCGGCAGUGCGGUGGUGAAGCCGGCCCGCCUCAUGGCGCCACUGUACGAGAUGCGGCGUGUGGAGGGCAACAUCCGCGCCGCACUGGCGGGCGGCCGCCACAGCAGCACCGACACGGCAGCGCGCACGGCGGCGGUGACGGCGGCGCGCGAGGCGGCGUCGGCUGCGGACUGGCGGCCGCUGGCGCAGUACCCUGUGGGCACCAAGGACACGCGGCGGCGCAAGAUGGCCGCAACCAUCCUUCACGGCCUAGACCUGGAGCAAUACGCCGUGUGAGGCACCACAGGGCAUGGGCUGGGGCGAUUCCCAGAUAAACGGUGGUUGGUUAGGCCAGCCUCUGCUUGGCGGAUACCGUGGUGGAAAUGACCGGUGGUGAAGCAUACAUACACAUGACUAUCCGCAGGCAAGGUAGUCUAUGCUGCUAUAUUUGGAGUGCGGGUCGCACAUAGGAAGAGGCAUCAGGCGCGCGAGGUUUAAUUGGUGGGGGGCUGCCGGGCUGGUAGGGCCUGCAAUCAGGCGCCUGGGCCUGGCGGGCCGAACUGUCUACCUCAUGCUUUGGUUGUUUAAGACAGCUGGCACGCGGACGGGAAAGCCCCCAUGCAGGCUGUACUGCGGCGGCUGCUGAGCCGGCAAGCAUGUGUGUUGGCGGCUGUGGGCCAUGCGUGCUAGACAGGUGGUGCGGAAUAGCGCGGCAGCUGUGGAGAAUUCUUCGCUCCUGCGCCUGUCUACUGAUGGGGGGACGUGGCCGUUGCAGGUGCUAACGUAGAUGGCUCGGCAGCUUGAGUCGCGCUAGGAUGCGUGAGUUGGAUGUCUAGGACGUGGACAUGGCCGUGACGUGCACCAUUGUUGGUGCGCGUGCACCGAGCCCGACGGGAAACCUGAGGGACAAGCGUGAUGCUAGUAGUACCCCGGCGGGGGCGGGGCAAAACCCAAAACCCAUCAGGCGUCUGCAAUGGGCCUGGCGGGUAGGGGCCUGUUCCAGCCCGGCAAGAGAACAUCGCUGGCGCAUAAAGGCUGGUGCGAGCCUGGCUUCAACGUUUAACAUAAUUAAUCGUUGAUUAACC